GGCGUUUAUUGACUUUAGAGUGUGAUGACAUUUAAACUACAGAUUUAUUUGAUGUGGGGCCCGUUUAAUUUCGUGCAUUUGUUACAUAAACGGUAUUCUUCUCAGCAUGUUUUUAUCUUAUCUGCUGUAUCUUGUGCAAGUAGUAAAACAUAAUCUUUGUUUGAAUAGUUUGAUUCAUUAAUGAAUUAAUCAAGUCAUCUCAUAUGUAGAAAGGAAGAUGCAUUUUCCAUUCUUUCUUUUAAGCAUCCUAUAAUUAAGUAUGUCCAGUAUUCAGUUCGACUAUUCUACUCUUUCGACAUCAAUCAGUCGAAGUGAGCUCAGCGCUAUCAUCGGUCGUCACAUUGUGGAGAGUAGUUAUGAUAUUAACGAAGAAACAAGCUCCGAAAGAUCCAGUAGUUCGGGAGAUGUGUAUGUGCAACCAUCUCCUCCGGAUAGAUAUAAACUAGUAUUUCUGACAUUUGGCCUUUUAGGUAUUGGAACACUUCUCCCGUGGAAUUUUUUUAUCACAGCAAAUGAUUAUUGGAUGUACAAGUUCCGUAGUACUUCAAAUGGAAGUUGCACUAAUCUUCAGAAUAAAACGGACCUUCAAGCUGCAUUUACUAGUUAUUUGACAAUGUCAAAUAAUGUGCCUUAUGUUUUAUUUCUUAUACUUUGUAUGUUUUAUAAUAAUAGAUUUUCUAAGAUGCUUCGUGUCAUUGCACCAUUAUUCGUCAUGUUUGCUUUAUUUUCUAUCAUCACUGCCUUUGUCCAGAUUAAUACUGACAAAUGGGAAAUGGUCUUUUUUGAUCUGACACUUUUAUUAAUAAUACUUGUUGGAAUUACAAGUGCUGUUCUGCAGUCUGGUGUUGCAGCCAUAGCAGCUCUUCUGCCACCAAAAUACAUGCAUGUUAUGGUUUUAGGGCAGGCCUUUGCUGGAAUAGUAGCUUCUGUAGUUCAGAUUGUGUCACUUCUUGGUCAUUGUGAUUCCAGAAAAAGUGCUUUUAUAUAUUUUUUCUCUGCUGAUACUGUGAUACUCCUUACUUUAAUAGCCUAUAUUGGCAUUCAGAAGACUGAAUUCUUCAAAUUUCAUGUGUUCACUCUCAAAGAUACUACAGUACUCAAAGAUGUAUCUGAACCUGAAGUGAAACCUAAAUUAUCAGUUUUCCUCGUUACAAAGCUGGUAUGGCCUUAUGCAUUGUCCAUCCUUCUUGAUUUUUGGGUUACAAUAGGUAUUUUCCCUGGUUUAGCUGUUUUAUCAGUGCCUAAUUCUCAAGAAGGUUUAUGGAAUGGUAAACUUUAUCUCCCACUAACAUGUUUUUUGUUAUUCAAUGUGAGUGAUUUUUGUGGCCGAUCUGUUGGUGGGUGGUUGCCUAUGCCUCCAUCUUGGCGAAUUCAUUUGCUUGCACUUUGUUCUGCACGAGUGAUCUUCGUUCCUUUAUUUAUGCUGUGUAAUCUUCAACCACGGUAUCAUCUUCCUGUUAUAUUUGACAGUGAUAUUUAUUACAUUUCAUUUGUAACAUUAUUAGGAUUUACAAAUGGAUACUUCAUUGCAGUAGCAAUGGUAAUGGGAAUUAAAUCUGUCAAUCCAUUGCUCCAAGAAAUGGCUGGUGUUGUCCUCUCAGCAUUUUUAGGUGGAGGAUUGAUGUUAGGAGCAUUUUCUUCAUACAUCAGCCUUAAAAUUAUUUAAUAUUAUUUUUAUACACUGUUAUUUCUGUAAUCUCAUUUUUUGAGUAUUUACUACAGCUCAUAAAUUUUGUAUUUCAAUGUCUGUUGUUGAUAUAUUAACUGCAAUUUGUUACUCUGAAUGUACCAUUGUGUGAAACAAUUUUAUUUGCAAAUUCCAAAGAAUAUACAUAUAUGUUACUGUAUAUACAAUUAUUGUUACUGCAACUUUUAUUGUGAUUUAUAAGCAUCCUUUAUUGCAAUGGUCACUUUUUUCUGUAUCUGUGAAAAAUGUGCUUUGUGGCACAUUUAAUUGUGUAUACUUUUCUCUAAUCAUUAAUCAUUUAAAAUCAGUUAUCAAAGUAAAUAUAAACUGUUUUAAAACAAAAGUCUUCAUUUUUGUUAAAAUACAUUUCACACUGUGUGUGAAAUAGUAUUAUCUUCCAAAUGAACAUCAUAAUUUGAAAUUUUAGAACUCAUCCAUAUUAAAUAUAGACACCAUUUAAUUAACAUGAAUUCAUUUAUCAUGUUUCAUUAAUGGCAGUCAUUAACAUUUAAUGUGAUAUCAACUUGUACAAGAAAAGUGUAGAAAUUUUAUCAAGGUUAUGUUAAUAUUUGCCCAGUGUCAAGCAUAUGACUACCCCUUUCACCUAGUAGGAUGAUGAUCAUUGCCAAACCAUCAUCACCCUUUCUUUCCAAAACUCAACAAAAAUAUAUGCAUUUAUUUUCACUAAAUUAUUUUUAAUUUGUUUUAUAAAUUAAAUAAGAAAAAAUGUAGAAAAUAUUGAUAAAUAAAAAUUGCCCAGUGUCAAGCAUAUGACUACCCCUUUCACCUAGUAGGAUGAUGAUCAUUGCUAAACCAUCAUCAUCACCCUUUCUUUCCAAAACUCAACAAAAAUAUAUGCAUUUAUUUAAACUAAAUUAUUUUUAAUUUGUUUUAUAAAUUAAAUAAGAAAAAAUGUAGAAAAUAUUGAUAAAUAAAAAAACUUGAACAAAAGUAGCUUUUUAACUAAAAUUAAAUACUUAAACUGUUAAAUGAAAGGCUGACUGAAUUCCCCUCCCGUCAAAACUGAAAUUCCACUGGUUCAGAAACUACAGGUAAUAAAGUUAAUCUCAUUAUAGAGAUUAUCACUAUUGUUAGCACUAAAGUGAACUAGUUUUCAGAUCACUAAACAAUAUUUUCAUAACAAGAAGGUCUUUUAAGUGUACAACGUAUUUCAGAUUCAGUGACAAUCCCCUUAAAUGGAAAAUCUUUAUGGUAAUUUACUUUUAAAUGUUGAGUAAAAACAUUUUUAAGAAACAAUCGCAAGACUCGACAGCCUACUAGAAUAUCAACUGACAUGAAAGAAGAAAAUAAUAGGUGCUAAUUCUGACAUAAAUUGUGUCACAUAUUCAUAUUAAUUAUUUUAUGCAAUUUUUGUUAAAUAUUGUGACUGUUUUAAAAUAAAUAAAUAAAAGGCUGACCUCA